CCCGCGCCUGGCCCCGCCUCUCGGCGCGCGGCAGGAAGAUGGCGGCGGAGCUGGCGCUGCUGGAGCGGUGGCUGGGGCUGCGCGGGCGCGCGGCGGCGGGGGCGGGGCGCCGGGGGCCCGUGCUGCAGACCCUGGACGGCCCCAGCCUGGAGGGCCUGAGCACCAUCGCGGCGCACCUGGUGCGGCAGGCCAACCAGGAGCACCUGCUGGGGAGCACCGCCGAGGAGCAGGCGCUGGUGCAGCAGUGGAUGGAGUGCAGAGUCACGCGCCUCCGGGACCACGCCAGCAGGGAGGACGUGCGGGCGCUGCUGAAGGACCUGAACGCCUACCUGGAGGAUAAGGCCUACGUCACGGGACACCGCCUCACGCUGGCCGACGCCCUGCUGUACUACGGGCUGCACCGCUUCAUUGUGGAGCUGACGGUCCAGGAGAAGGAGAAGUACCUCAACGUGUCACGCUGGUUCUGCCACGUCCAGCACUGCCCGGGCCUGCGGCAGAGCCUGCCCGCCGUGGUCUUCGUCAGGAACCGGCUGUACGCGCCUGUGCACUAGAGCCGCCCGUGCCGGCUGGCGCGCUGCAGACCACCCCGCUGCUGGCCUGGAUGCCCGUGGCCGCACUGCAGACCGUCCCGCUGCUGGCCUGGACACCCGUGGCUGACCGGGCCACUGAAGACGGCGCGUCAGUCGCAGUGACCAGGGACUUUCCCUCCCAGAGCCCCCUGGUCCCAGCCCCGUCCCCAACACACACUUGCCUGGGCACCGGGGACGGGCGGGUGCGGGCAGGUAUUUAUGUGAGCGGUAAAGGUGGUCGAAACCGA